GAGAGCGCAGACGCCGACCGAAAGCAUCGAGGAUAGCACCCGGCACGGCACCGAAGUACCGGACAGAGCUAGCUCGUCCGCAACGCUGCGCUCGUCCGACAGGAAUCCCGGACCUAACCCCCGAGAUUAAAACCGCGCACGAUUGAUCCCGACCGGUGCCCCUGCGAUCCACGCGAUCCCGGCCGCCUCUCGAUCGCCCGCCUCUCGUGCCCGCCGACCUUGGACCCCGAGACCGUGCGUCGAUCAGCGGAGAAACCAACCGGCGCAACGCCGCGAGUUACCGGCGGAUUCGAAGAGAGCCACUCGAACCUUUCCCGCGCUACGUGCUACCACUCUGCACCUGUUAACCGGGAGCCGACGCAGUCUUCUUUGUUGGGGAACACGCCAGGAACGCCACCGCACAAAUGAUGAAAGGACGGCAUCAGUUUCGACGACGCUUCAGUCUACAGCCGUCGUCCUUGAAAGAGGGCCAGGAAGACGGGCCGACGAAGCAUGUCAGGAACGAGAGGCUGUCGGAAUCGGACAGCGGCGGCGGUAAACCGGCCGACAGCAAUAUAAGGCACAAGAUCGUGGUGAUGGGCGCCGCGAAGGUCGGCAAGUCCGCCAUCAUCAAUCAGUUCCUCUACAACACGUUCACCGCGAAGUACAAGCGGACCGUCGAGGAGAUGCAUCACGGGGACUUCAACGUCUCCGGGGUACACCUGACCCUCGACAUCCUCGACACAUCCGGCUCCUACGAGUUCCCGGCGAUGAGGGACCUCUCGAUCAAGUCCGCCGACGCGUUCAUUCUCGUCUACGACGUGAACGACGCGAACACCUUCCUCGAGGUCGAGACCCUCAAGGCGCAGAUCUACAGCGCGAAGGGCGCCGUGCCGAUCGUCGUCGUCGGCAACAAGGUCGAUCUGGUCGUCUCCAAACAGGCGGUGGACACGGAGAGCACGAGGGAGCUGGUGACGCUGAAGUGGGAGAACGGUUUCGUGGAGGUGUCGGCGAAAGAGAACGUGAACAUCUCGCAGGUGUUCAAGGAGCUGCUGAUCCAGGCGAAGCUGAAGUACAACCUGAGCCCGGCGUUGCGUCGACGUCGCCGGCAGUCGUUGCCGCCGCCGCAGCAUUUGAAUUCCCGUAGCAGCAGCGCUCACGUGCCAUCGCCGGCGCAGUUGCAGCACCUGCAGCAGAUCCGCGAGCGGUCCGAGUCCAAGAGGAAUUCCUGCAUUCUCUCGUAAGGGUUCUCGGGCGCGGACCUCGGGUCUCAGCCGGGACCGAGAACGGGAACGAACGUUUCGACGGCCGGGGAUGAGGCAAGCUAUGCUCGGCGCCGAUCCGAACACGACCAGUGAUUCCGGAUCGAUCGAUAAUAACCCCCGGUAACGCGUCCGGGCUGUGCGUGUGCGGCGGGCCGAAUCGAUCCCAAGGAUGCCACCUCGGAGGAAUUCGAAGGAGGAGACGCGGAGCGUCGAGAGUAUCUCCGAAUGAACGCCGCUGAUCCCGAACCUCCCGCGACCGUCGGCGCUGCCAACGCGAUCCUCCGAUUCCAAUUUCUCGCCAAUAUCGACCCCGGAGUACGAUCUUCACGUCCGAUCCGCAUUGAAACCUCGAGGACCUCCGAGAUUCGACGGCGAUCAGGAGGGUCGUCCUCGCAGCGAGAAACCGCCUGGGAUCGCGAUACCGAGAGAUAGAUGUUCACUGUUCGAUUAAUUCGAUGUAUUUAGCGCAGGUCUAUGUGCUCGAUGUAUUCUACAUUUUGUCCUCGAUUUCUUCGCUGCGGUACCUCGAACACCAAUCUUACCAAUACAUCCUUGAGUCGGGAGCAUACCAUUUGCCAGCGGAUACAGCACCCUCUCCAAAUAAUUCGGUAACACAAGUUACUUCUCGUAUAACGCGGCGCACGUUUUGCGAAUAUCUCGUUUUCAUUUAACACGAGUUAACCAACGCGUUAUGCAGAGUUGGUCAUCGUUGGAGUAAACGUGCAUUCAAAUGAUCAUUUCAUUGGCGAAUAAGAAAUAAUGAAUGAAUUAUUUGUGGAAUUAUUUGAAUGACUUUUGCACUGAACAAAGAAAUGUUCGCAAAUGAAAUAUUAAGCUAAUUUGUAAUUCGUUGUUUAUUAUUUGAAAUAAAAUUUGCCCAACUCUGGCGCCAUGUAAUUAGACUGAUUACUAGUCGAUUACACUGCAAUGAAGGAGUCAGAACGUAUCUUUGAACGAUUCGAACAGUGAUUUAACGAUCAACGCUGCAAACGUGUUUCAUCGGUUUCCUUAACUAAUUACAACUGCUUAUGACUAUUACUUAUUGUAACUAAUUAAUAAUUACUAAUAAAUUAAUAACCGCAUGGCGUACGUAAUAAUCACACACGGAUUUUAUGUUAAGCUAUAACGACAUAAUUACGAUUCCUUCGCUUAAUCUCGUUACAAUAAAGUUACAUUUUGUAUUUAAUCUUUCGUUCGUUGUUACGCGAAACUGCAAUUUUGUGCAAUAUCAAGAAAAGUGACUUAAUUCGCCAGUCAAGCAAGCGUUCAAAUGCGACGGAGGAGUAUGCGAACUAUUGCGAGAGAGAACUGUAUCUCCGAACUCUUUUCGUGUUGCUAUUAGCGAACGCACAAUAUUCGCGGUUCAUCCGUGAACCACGUUCGCGUCUCGGCGAUUAGACGAUAGAACGGCCCGCGUGUACUUGUGUAGAUUAAUAGCGGAAAUUGGGAUCCGAUGAGGGAGUUUCUUUGGGAUGCCGCGAAUCACCGAUUCGCGGAAUCAAGACCGUUCGGCGAAAUCGUUCACGGCGGGAAGUCGACCAAAUUGCAGCGGGUUCGAACGUUCAGCGAUCAUACCGAAUUAUUAAGACCGUGUCCAAUCUUUUCCGGACGCGUCGAGGCGUCCCGUGUCCUAUUUCAGGGUUUCUCUCCCACUGCCCAGCUCGCCUACCUUAUUACCCGUUACAAGCAGCACAAGCAAACGUCCACGGAAGACGUUUUAUAAAGUAUCGUUGGCCAAUCGAUUGAAUUCCCAGCCGCCCACGCUCUUCUCUGCGCUGCGUAAUUUGUUUGAGAGCGUAACAGAAGAUCCACGUCCCGGUGUGUUUACCUUCGUGAAUCACGCCGCACAAUUCUGCGGCUAUAGGGAAAAACGCUGCAGUCCACGAUUUCGAAAGAUUUCAGCUAAUGCGUUAAUUGAACUGCGGCGUACAGGAUUUAUGUACUUAUCGGAAGAAACGACGCGAAAAGAAAUUCUAUAAACUUCGAGAAAUUUAGAAAUUUAAAUGAAAUUCAAUUUAUUUGAUCGAAAU